AUGGGAAAUGAGUGGCUGUUUCGGCUCUCGAGGCCUCCAACCUAUUCGACCACAAGUCAGCCUGAAGGAACAGUUUCGGAUAUAUUUUUGAUCCUCUCAGGCCACAUGGUAGAAGGAGCCACUGAAUUGGAUGAUCUCCAAGAUGAUGAGGAGAUAGUAACGGUACUACUGAACAGGCCUGGGCCUUGGAGUGUGAUCUACUAUCGGCCGGAUCUGAAUCGCCUCUUCGUGGGUCGAGACGUUUUUGGUCGGCUGAGCCUUGUGUGUGCUGCAGAUGCUGAUGACCUUGUUCUAUCGGAUGUCGUGCACAGCCUUCCCAAAGUAUGCUGGAACGAAGUACCUUAUGCUCAAGUGUGUUGCAUCAAUACCGAAACUCGAUGUGCUGUAUCUACCUCUUAUCUGCCUUCGUAUCCAGAGAAUAUCUUGGAGCCAUGGUCGGAGCUGUUUUCAUCGUUUACACUGCGAAACUCUCCCUGUAAAGAUGUUUUACUUAAGGUAUCGAGGACGACCUGCGAUUCGGCCCCGAAUGUUCAAGAGGAAUUUCUUGAAAGGCUGGUAGAAGCUACUCGUCAAAUGGUUCCUCAUGGCACCAACUCAGCAGCAGUCGCUUUUUCUGGAGGGAUAGACAGCCUGUUAGUGGCAAUCUCGCUGCAUGAAGCCUAUCCUUCUGAACGUAGCAUCGAUCUUGUCAAUGUAGCAUUUCUUCGAGGGUCCAAGCAUCGCUCUAUCGUUACGGAUCGACAGCGAGCUACCACUGGUCUACAGUUCCUCCGAUCCAAAUUUCCUUGUAGAUAUUGGCGCUUAAUUCUUGUCGAUGUUACCUUGGAGGAGCUAGAGGCAAACAGAUCGAAACACGUUGUCAAAGCAGCUGCUCCUGCACUUUCCGUGUUGGACGAGUCCCUGGCCUGCGUGUUGUGGUUUGCUCUUCGAGGAGUUGGCAAGGAUUACGAUAAUGGCGAUGAAGUUCGGUCUGAUGCAAAGGUAUAUUUCGUUGGUAGCGGUGCUGACGAGUUGUUUGCCGGCUAUGCUCGUCAUCGGACACGAUUUGAGCGCGAUGGGGCUGAAUCUAUCCCAGAGGAAUGUGAAGCGGAACUGCGUCGGCUAGGUAGUCGCAAUGGUGGACGAGAUGCACGAGUGGCUGCCGUCUUGAAUAAGGAGCUAAGGGCACCGUUUCUGCAUGACGACUUUGUGGCCUGGGUGAAUACGGUACCUGCACAUCUGAAAUGGGACCUGUCACUACCGCGGGGUGUUGGAGAAAAGAUGAUUAUAAGACAGGUUCUAGCUUCCUUGGGAGCCCCACAUGACGCCCCAAAACAAGCUAUGCAGUUUGGAUCGGGGUUCGUUAAGAUGCAGAACAAUAAGAUGCUAAAGGUACCAGACCCAGAAUGGGAGUUUUCAAAUUGCAAACGAAAACAAAAGGUGACGCAAAAAAAGGGUCGACAUCACCAGUUAAAAAGAGCAAAGAAGGGACCGGUUCAAAAGAAAAGAUCUCAUCUAAUGAAGCGGAAAGAUACACCGGCCAGCAAGGAGAAGCUAACGAAAGAGAAGAAAGCUACGGUGGGUCAGAAACCUGAGGCUAAGCCAGUGGCAAAAGAAACAGGAAAUGAACAACAGUUGAAGGUAGAAAGUAAGGAAAAAACAGAUGAAGGCAAAGAAGAUAUCAAAGCCAGAGGUAAAACAAGUGCAGCGAAAGCUAAAGUGAGCAAGUUAGCUCGAAAGACAGAAGAAGGUGGAAGUAAGGAAAAAGUGGAAAGGAAAGUUGGUAGUAAAGAUGACAGCAAAGUCAAAGCUAGGGCUAGUGGUUCGAAAGAGAGAAUAAGUAAGGUAGUUGUGAAGUCAGAUGAUAAGUCGGAUGAGAAGGCUGGUGGAAACGAACAGCAACCGAAGGUCGGAAGCAAGGAAUCAAUCGUGAAAAAGAAAGAAGUCAAAGAGAAGGAGGAAAAGAAAUUGGCAACCAAAGAGGGGAUGGGGAGUAAGGAGAAGGUUGUAGGAGGAGGAGAAAAGAAGGAAGAGAUCGAAGGCAAGGAGACGAAGCCAAAAGACGAGAAGGAAAUGGGUAAGUGGUUUUUCACCAUCACUGAACUUGAAAUGGAAGAACUUGAUUCUUACUUAUGGAUACGGUAG